AUGACAAAACUCUACUUGUUUCUCUUCAUCGCCCUAAUAGCAUUCAUAAAUGUUACGAACCAGCAGAAAAGACAGUCGCACUCGCUGUCCGAAAGGGUGCAGCAACUCACCGACAUGGCAAACCGGCGAGCGGUGCUCCGAUUCAACGCCAACAGAUUCAAGGAGUACGUGAAAUCCACGCCGAGGAACUACUCGGUGAUAGUUAUGUUCACCGCGAUGGCCCCCCAAAGACAAUGCCAGGUGUGCAGGCACGCCAGCGACGAAUUCACCAUCGUCGCCAACUCCUUCAGGUACUCCCAGGCUUAUUCGAACAAGCUGUUCUUUGCCGUUAUCGAUUUCGACGAAGGAUCUGAGGUGUUCCAAAUGCUGAGGUUGAAUACUGCUCCGGUUUUCAUACAUUUCCCUCCUAAAGGGAAAACCAAGAGCGCCGAUACAAUGGAUAUACAGAGGAUAGGAUUUGCUGCGGAGACUUUAGCUAAAUGGAUACACGAUAGAACUGACAUACAGAUAAGAGUAUUUAGACCUCCGAACUACUCGGGAACAUUCGCAUUGAUCAUUCUCUUCGGUAUAGUAGCGGCUUUCUUGUAUUUGCGCCGGAACAAUUUGGAAUUCCUGUACAACAGGACCAUGUGGGCCAUGGGGGCUCUGUUCUUCUGCUUCGCUAUGACGUCCGGGCAAAUGUGGAACCACAUCCGUGGGCCCCCUUUCGUGCACAAGAAUCAAAACGGACAGAUCGCUUACAUUCACGGCUCGUCCCAAGGACAGUUCGUGUUCGAGACUUACAUCGUCAUGUUUUUGAAUGCUGCUGUUGUUUUGGGAAUAAUUUUACUGACGGAAUCGGCGAAAGGAAAGAGGGAUCCUAAACGACGCAAGAUUUUCGCCAUCGUUGGAUUGGCCUUAUUGUCUAUUUUCUUCUCUUUAUUGCUAUCAGUUUUUAGGACAAAGACGCAAGGAUAUCCAUACAGAGUUUCCUUUUUAAGU